CUAUACUUCUACGACAGCUAAUUUCGCUCCACCGAAGCCCGCCACUGCGAAGAGCUUCUUCCACUGUGCGGGAAUGGCUUCUGCGUACAGAGAUCGGACGGCGGAGUUCCGAUCAAUCACCGAGACGCUGAAGAAGAUCGGAGGGUUCAGGCCCGACGGAGCUCAAUCCCAGGAAACUGAUCCAUUCCUGCCUUCAAAGCAGCAGGCUUCCUCGGUCUCGUACAGAUCCGAAUUCAACAAGAAGGCUUCCCUGAUCGGGCUGGGAGUUCAUGAGACCUCACAGAAGAUCGCUAGGCUCGCCAAAUUGGCAAAGAGGUCGUCUAUGUUUGAUGACCCUACAGUUGAGAUUCAAGAACUGACAGGCCUUAUAAAGAACGACAUUACGGCUUUGAACACGGCUCUUACGGAUCUUCAAACCCUUCAGAGGAUGGAAAUAGCUGAUGGGAACUACUCCGAGGACAGGGUUGUCCAUUCCACGGCUGUUUGUGAUGACCUGAAGAACAAGCUCAUGGGGGCUACUAAAGAGCUUCAUAAUGUGUUAACCACUAGAACUGAGAAUAUCAAAGCUCAUGAGAACAGGAAGCAGAUAUUUUCUGCAAAUGCUUCAAGAGAAAACCCGUUUGUUCGUCAAACAAAACCCUUGGUUGAACCACCUCCUUGGUCAAGUUCAACAAACGAAUUUGACCCUUCGCAGCCAUCCUCAUUGCCACCGAAUGGUGUUCAAGCUGGCAACCAAUUGAGGCGGAGGCCAGCUGUUGAUAAUGCUCCUUCCCAACAAAUGGAAAUGUCCAUGUUACAGCAAGUAGCCCCUAGUAGGCAGGAGAAUUUAGCUCAAAGUCGUGUAUCUGCUCUCCACAAUGUGGAAUCAACCAUCUCAGAACUUAGUGGGAUCUUUACACAUUUGGCUACCAUGGUUGCCCAUCAAGGAGAGCUGGCUAUUCGGUAACUUAUAUUUCUCUUUGUCCAGUUUGAACUCAAAAACUUUUUUUUUUUUUUGUUCUUGAACCGUUAUUUUUAUGAAUUGACACAAUCUAACAAUGAUCAAUUGACAGAAUUGAUGACAACAUGGAUGAAUCACUAUCCAAUGUCGAAGGUGCUCACAGUUCUCUUCUGCGACAUCUUAACCAAAUAUCAUCCAAUAGGUGGCUUCUGAUCAAGAUCUUUGCCAUCGUAAUUUUUUUUCUCAUGAUUUUCAUCUUCUUUGUGGCUUGAGAAGACGAAGAGAUGCCCUUAUUUUUUGUGUUGUACCUUUUAACCAUAAUUGAGUUUGCUGUGCUCAAGGGUGGUCCUCUCUGUUGUAUAUUUUAUUUGUCUUUUCUUUGGAUCCCCCUAGCAUUUAGAGGCUGGAUUGGCACAAGCAUAUAUGUAGAUCAGGCAUUGUGUAUCAGUUCAAUAUACCAAUAACCUUGAUUUGUUUUGGCAGAUUCGUGUGAAAUUGGAAUCAUUUAUUUACAGAAGCCUUUGGCACAAGCUUUCCUGUCUCAACCU